CCGCAGACGCAGCUGCUCCUCUCCCCCCUCCGCAGGACUGAACCGUCCCGGAGCCUCCGGAGCGGACCGAACAGCGGAUCCAGACGGAACAUGCGGACGCUGGGGCUGCAGGUGGCCGCGGUGCUGGCUCUGCUGGCCGCGGUGAACGGGGCCGAGGCGGAGGUGAUCGAUGACAUCCUGAACAGCCUGUCCCGGGGAGCCGUGUUCCUGGAGCGGCAACAUGAGCACAUCAACCUGGACGGGGUGGUCGGCUUCCUCAUGCUGCAGGCUGAACUGAAGGAAGCCAUUCGGACGUGGCCUCACACUGACCCGGUCAGCUGGGCUCAGAGGACCACCGCCGUGUCGCUGGUCAAACGUUUGGACCAAAGCUUUGAUAAGGCCGUGGUGGCUCUGCAGCAGAACGACCCCAAGUACUACAGAGAGUUCGAGCCCCUGCUGUCCUGGACCUUCUGGCUCAUCCCUCAUGGCUGGAGCUCCACAGAUCCCAGUCUGGUCUACCCGUCCACCAUGACCACCGAGUGUUACGACGAGCAGCUCAGCGACAAAUGCCUGACUCUGCUGUUGGGAACCUGGAAGAUGAACGGGACCCCCUGCAUCGUCACCAAACCCUGCAGGGACACCAUGACCCGCUUCGGAUGCCCUCACUACUCCUUGUCCCACCAGCUGCUCUACUUCAUGAUCGGGAAAAUGAAAGGCUGCUCCAACCUGCUGAAAGGAGACACUCGACCGUCCCGGGCCAACAUGACCGAACGAAGCUACGAGAAGAUCUUCUGCUCCAACAUGAUGAAGACCAACCUGGACAUCAUCAGAGACGGUUUAACCGAGCAGACGGUCGACAUCUUCAUCGAGAACAUCCUCAUCUGCGGAUUGGCCGGUUUCUCCGACUUCUACAAAGCUGAUUGGCUGCAUCACAUCCUGCGUCUCCAGGACGAGGAACUGGGCUGUUUCGGCCGAGACAAGAGCAUCAUCUCUCAGAUCAUCGGAGACGAGUUACUGGAGCAGCUGCAGCCUCACCGCAGAGUGAAGAGGAGGGAGAAGAUCCUGCCAGACGGCUGCUCCAGUCACAUGACGGCGGUGGCGGUGGGCGCUCUGGGCGGAUACCUGAACUACUACCUGACAGAACAGGACAUCACCAAAAGGCCGCUGUCCUGAACGCCACACCGCCAGGUCCAUGUUCUACACGACAACCACAGAUGAUCAGGUAGAUGGAGACGACUCCUGACGCGUUCGAGGUUUCUGCACAAACCCCAGGACUGGAUUAUUUUACACCUACUUCUGUUUUGUGUUAGACUUUGUAGCUUCGACAAGUUCUGAAUUCAGUCGACAGAUUCCACAUGUAGGGAAACUCCAAUCAUUCAGGUCAGUAGCAGUGGAUUUCUGGCUCCUCUGACACUGCAUUAUACACUAUAUGGACAAAAGUAUUGGGACACGUUGCAUUCAGGUGUUUCUUUUCUAACAGGGGUCUGGGAUACAAAAUAAUAAUGACAAAUGUUAUAAUAUAGUUUUAUAUU